CAGGUAGGAAGCUGCGAGGGAAAGUGAGUGCAGACGGGCGCCCCUAGGUGGGGGCUGGCGAAGCGUUGGGGUACGUGUUGGGGACCUGUUAGGAAAAUCGCACCGAGAGUGGUGAUGCAGAGAACGCUCUGUGAGGCCAUGAGCAGACCUGGGGCUGCAGAGAUCCGCAGGUGGUUACCCUGGGGAUGGGAUGGGCAGUGGGAGGGCUCCUUGCGUUGGAAGAGAACUGUGUCUCCUUUUCAGUUUUGUGUCUCCUUUUCAGUUAUGCGCCUCUGGGCUGCUCCGGGGUGGUGAUCACUCCCCUCCAGGCCGUGUGCAAGGGGUGACUUUGGGGUGGUGGGAGUUGACAAAUCAAGUGGGAUUUAACUCGAGGGAUCAGAGAUGCUGGGCUAUGGAAGGGGGGCUGCAGGGUUGUGUCAGGGUGGGGUGGUUGCACUCUGAGGAGCAAGAUGCAUCUGGAGGAUAUGCAGGUAGCCCCUACCGUGCUUUUGAUGUUGUGAUGGGAAAGGCUUUAUAACUCUGUCUGGGUACUUAACUGUACAGGGCUUGGGUGGCUAGGAGAGGGUUCAUAGGACCAUGAGGCCUGGUUGAUAACCAUUGUGCUGAUGGGUGGUGGGGCACAUGGUCUCUAGAGCCAGGUUCAGCUGCCUUCGCCACUUACUGGUGGGCAUGUGGCCACAGACAAGUGACUUCGCUCACCACUCUGCCUCCAGGAUGGCAAGAGGACCAGCCUCCUCAGGGGUCAGUGUGGGCGUGAAUAGACAGUCAACAUAAGGUUACCCAUGUCUCUCCUUUCUCCUGAACCUCCCUGACAGCCAUUCAGUCUGUCCAAGGAAGCCCCAGGAGUUCUGAUCUGGUGCCCUUUCCUUCUUCCGGGCUUGACAUCACUACCAUUGAUUCUUGCCCUUAAAACGUCAUAGGUGGCAUUUGACUGCCUUCCUGGACCUUUCAGGCCAGUGUCCAGGUCUCCUUCCACUGAGGGCUCCUGGUGGGGGCCGGGGCUUGGCCUGCUGUGGUCAUCUCCUGCCGCCCAGUGGUGAUGGUUGGGCCUAGUUCCUGCUCUUCCCACCUUGUUUUUGGACAGAUCGCCUUGGAUGGUGGCCUGCGCCAGACAGUCCCAUCAGCUCUUCUCAGCUCUUCUGAGGCCACUGCUGUUGGCUCCCCCUCAGCGCUUGCCUGGAGCACCUGGGUUUGCCACAGCCCUCUUCAGACACCUUGUUUGCUGUGUCCUGUGCCACUUCUGCCCACCCUCCCUGGGUGCUGUCUCUUCCUCCUUUCUCCCCUUCCUUCUCAUUGUUGGAGGGGCAGUUCCGGUCUGCCCCCAGCAUGCCUUGUGAGUGGCACUGUCGGCAGGGCCCUCGCAAUCCUAUCCAGGCCACUGCCAAUUAUGCCAACGCUCACCCUUGGCAGCAGAUGGACAGGGCUUCUCUGAGAGUCACAUACAGCCCCCCAGUAGAUCUCUGGAUUAAGCAACCUUGCUGUGGGGACCCCGUGUAUGUGCACAUGACCACGGAGCAGAAGAGCACAGCAAGAUGCUGGGGUAGGCCCACAGGAAGGGGGCCCCUGGCAAUGUGCAUGCCCGGCCUAUGGCCCCUCAGGGUGGACUUCCACUGGGUGCCUGGCUCAGACCUCGACACCUUUGAUGGCUCUCCUUGGUUGCUGGACUGAUUCUUGGCCUAGCUGAGCAAUUACAUGUCCUUCUGCUUCGAGCGCUACCAGGACGACCUCAGCUGAGUCUGUGAGGUCCUCAGGCAUCUGAUGGGUCACGCCCAGGCGUGGGCAGCCCCUUACCUGGAUGGGAACCUACCCUAUGACAACUAUAAGCUGUUUUGCCAGGAUCUUGAGGAAGUCAUUCAGGACCCAAACAACUUUGUUGAGUACCAUGCUGCAGGAUCCUGCUCUCUGCCUCUGGCCCCACAGCUGCCUGUGUUGAGAGAGUACUUAUCUAGGUUUUCAGAGGCCCUGGCAUUCAACAUGGAUGCUUCUAUCCUGGCCGCUCUGGCCAGCCCUGCUAUUUCUAGCUCCAGCACCACAUCCAGAAAUGCUCACUCUGAGCAGCAGCUGGCCACAGAGAGCAACCCUGGGCCUGUGGUUCCUCCCACCUCAUCUGGUUCUGCACCCAGUACUGAUCCUGGCCCUGUGGAUCCAGCAUCCUUCCAGCCAGGGAAGGAAGCUCCCAGACCGGUCCCUGUACUUACAGAAUCUGCCAAACACUCUGCUCAGAAACCAGGUCCCACUCACCCGGGAGAUCCAGAACCCUGGAAAACAGAGGGAGAGCAGUAGGCAUCUUAAGGCACCUCACAGUGGGCAGCGGACACCCCAAAGACCCCAGGAGAGCUGGUGUUUUCUUCCACACCCCAAACCACAGCCCUGGAUUCUGAGCAUGGCCCAGAAUCCAUCAUGAUAAAGGUGCAUCCAUCAUGAUAAAGUGGCCUGCAUGACCAAGGAGUCCCACAGUCCCCUGUUAGUUUGGAGUGGCAUUGCCAGAUGCCACUAGACAUAGCAUAGCAGGUUGCCCUGGACACUUGCCCCACUGCCGGGCCAAGAUGCAUUUUUUGGGGGUCUUCCCUGUCUGAGCACAAACAGCUUCUUGACACCCCUUCCCCUAGACACUGGAGGACACUAGCCUCUGCCAUGUGCCCGUGUCCCCCAACUCCCCCAGGCCCAGAGACUGCCUCCCCACACCUUGUUGGGGAGUGCCAUCUCACCUGGCCUGUUCCCAGUAGUUGGACAGAGUUCCCCAGGUCAGUCCCUAUCAGAUGGGUUUACUGUCCUUGUAACUACCACUGCCCACCCCCCAGACCCACCUCCUUCAGUGCUGGCUGGGACUGGGUCUGCCAUGCCAGUUCUUUUGGAUCUAAUUUCUGUAUGGUGCUUACUUCGAUCCCUUUCCUUGUUUACUUCGAUCCCACUCUUUGCUCCUUGUGAUCUCUGUCCUCUGGGCUGGAAGUUAAGGACAGCUGAUGGAGGAAGCAGCUCCUUUCACUAUUUAACAUGGGUGGGAUGGUGUCUUGGCAGAGAAGGAUGCUUCCCUCUGGGCUUAGCAGCAGCCCUGGCCCCUGGGAAAGCACCAGUGUUGGGAGGGUGGGAGGGCUCCCUUCCAAGCAUUUAUCCCUGUGUGUUAACAUCUCCUCACACCUCGGGACCUUUGCCCAGAAUUUCCUCCCCUCACUUCCACUCUUGCUUGUUGUCGCUUCAGCACUUACACCCCAACAUUGCACCGAUGUGUGUCUCUGGGGAGACUGAACCACAGGGCACAGGCUCCAUCUCAGUCAGCCUUGUGUCCUGAUACACAGUUGGUGCUCAUUAAACAUGUUGGAUGCAUGGCUAAGCCUAAAGUGUUUUCUGUGGUGGCUGCUGACAGCAGAGUACUUGUCCAUCAGCAGGAACACCCAGUCCACCUGGCAGGUGUGGUUCUUUAUGAGAGCAUUGCAGAAUCUGCUUGAAGGGAUCGGGGCUGAGUAGGUGGAGUGAAAGGCUUGGUGGGAGGGCUGUGGCCUUGGGAACUGACUUCUGGGCUGACUUGUGAGGCCCCAGGGCAGGGGUGUUAUGAAGGGCCUAUUCUACAGAUAGCCGACCUGAGGCUCCCUCCAGCUGAGGCCACCAGGACUGGCAGAGUACACCUGCUCAGAGAGUGGUCAGGCAAGCAUUCCAGGUCCUUUUGGAUUUUACAGUUGUGGAAACAAAACAACACCUUCUUGGAAAGUAGAGAAGAAAAAUAAGUGGAAAACAUGGACUGCAGCUGAAAAGCCAUUUUAGGAAAGACAGUAAUAAAUAUAUGGUUUAAUAAAAAAACCUUGGAGUUCCCGUCGUGGCUUAGCAGUUAACGAAUCUGAUUAGCAUCCAUGAGGAUGCAGGUUCAAUCCCUGGCCUUGCUCAGUGGGUUAAGGAUCUGGCAUUGCCAUGAACUGUGAUGUCAGUUGCAGACAUGGCUUGGAUCCUGUGUUGCUGUGGCUGUGGUAUAGGCCAACAGCUACAGCUCUGAUUCGACCCCUAGCCUGGGAACCUACAUAUGCCAUGGGUGUGGCCCUAAAAAGCAAAAAACAAAAACAAAAACAAAAAAACCCCCAAAAAACCCCAACAAACCUUAUGUAGGAUUUCCUGCUAUGGAAGAAUCCUAGUAGCAGCUUGGGUGGCUGCAGAGGCGUCAGUUUGAUCCCCUGCCCAGUGCAGUGGGUUAAGGAUCUGAGGUUGCUGCAGCUACAGCUGCAGCUAACAUUCAGUCCCUAGCCUAGGAACUUCCACA